GCAAGACCCGAUUCGAAAUUGGGUGACAAGUGAGACCCAUCACUUUCGCCCCGAAGAAUAUUCCUCGGUCGCCUUUUCAAGUUCAACUUUUCCGAUUGAGAAGACUUUCACUACUUUUGCCGCUCCAUUACAUAUACAGAACGCCACCAAAAAACGCCACCGUAAAUCGCAGAAAAGAGAAGGUUUACAAGUAAGAGCAUCCAUGGCUCGCCAAGCCACCAGAGUGAUUGCAAAUCUGUCAACAAAGCUGAACUCUAGCAGCCCCACACCCUCUGCAUCUUCGUCCUUGUGGCAGCAGUACAGAUUCUUUGGAUCGCCACUGCCUCCGCCGGCUGUAUUCGUUGAUAAGAACACACGUGUCAUCUGUCAAGGCAUCACCGGCAAGAACGGAACUUUCCAUACCGAACAGGCCAUUGAAUAUGGCACCAAAAUGGUUGGUGGAGUGACACCCAAAAAGGGUGGUACAGAACAUUUGGGGCUUCCUGUUUUCAAUACUGUUGCAGAGGCAAAAGCAGAAACAAAAGCUAAUGCUUCAGUGGUCUAUGUUCCUCCACCAUUUGCUGCAGCAGCUAUUAUGGAGGCCAUGGAGGCUGAAUUGGACUUAGUUGUCUGCAUCACAGAGGGAAUUCCUCAGCAUGAUAUGGUUCGUGUAAAAGCAGCUCUCAAGAAGCAAUCUAAAACUCGGCUGAUUGGUCCGAAUUGUCCAGGUAUUAUAAAACCAGGAGAGUGCAAAAUCGGUAUUAUGCCUGGAUACAUUCACAAACCAGGACGUAUCGGAAUUGUUUCUCGAUCUGGUACGCUGACAUAUGAAGCGGUUUUUCAAACAACUGCUGUUGGCCUUGGGCAAUCAUCCUGUGUAGGGAUUGGUGGGGAUCCUUUCAAUGGUACAAACUUUGUUGAUUGCUUAGAGAAAUUUGUUGCUGAUCCACAGACAGAAGGUAUUGUUCUUAUUGGUGAGAUUGGUGGCACAGCAGAAGAAGAUGCUGCAGCCUUCAUAAAGGAAAGUGGAACUCAAAAGCCUGUAGUUGCUUUUAUUGCUGGAUUGACAGCUCCUCCUGGACGGCGAAUGGGUCAUGCUGGAGCUAUUGUAUCAGGGGGAAAGGGAACAGCCCAAGACAAAAUCAAGGCACUAAAGGAAGCUGGUGUUACAGUGUGCGAAUCUCCUGCAAAAAUUGGAGCCUCAAUGCUCGAUGUGUUCAAACAGAGGGGUCUUGUGUAGGCCUGUGGCAUGACAUUUUCAUUUGGAAACUUUUUUGUUUGCUUGUUCGUGGACAUGCUAAAUGAUGUCCGGUUAUCCACCAUUACCCAUGGAAGAUAAUAACAAAGAGAAAUUUGAUGGAUAUACUUGUUUAUCCAGGAACGGAGAAGAAACUGCAGAAGGGUUUAUAAUGUUGACAUUUUAGAAUUCACUGUUAUUAGGUCCUAAUUUUCAUGUUAUGACAGGACGUUGCAGUAAUGCAAUUUAUGUUAACAGCAUGUUUUUGGACCAAAGCAAACUCACAAUCCAAAUCUGUGAUAUUCCCUAUCAUUGCUCCUUUUGUAUUGCUAUAGCAAUUUUUUUGUGUAAACCAAAUGGCUAAUAAUCUGCCCGUCCGUGGGAUCCUUUCAUUUUCCCA